AUGAAUGGGGUCAACGCUCGACCGGGGACACCUGAACCCAGAAAGCAUUCAUUUCACUACACGAAUAACGUGUAUCUUGGCUCGCAGGAUAUCAAAGAUAGCUAUCACAGCAUUGAGGGAAAUCAAUACAAAGAGAACGUCUCGAAAGGGUCAGCUAUUGGUGUAUAUGGUCAAAUAGAUCAACGCUUUGUCUCCCAACCUCUCCUUACCCAGGAAUCUGGUAUCGCGAGAAUGUCUCAGCAGCAGCUUCAACGAACUGAGCUAGUACCUUCGUUUGACGAACAUUCUAGUCUAGGAACAGGCCGAGGUCGACGGAUGUCAUUCGAAACCCUCAACAUCAACACUGCAGAAACAGCGUUUGAGACUCGAAAGCCUCAUUCUUUACCAACCCUACAAGUACCGACCGAUCUAAGCUGCAGUUUGAAGGGCCGCAGUCGCAGUACCAGCCCGAGUUCUUCCGAACAGCAAAAGACACCUACAGAGUCAAGAGUUGCAUUUGCGAAACUAUCUUUGGAGGAAUUCCAUCGCAGGGAGACUGGGAGCUGGUUUGAGUUCGGCAAGGUUUUCGAAAUUUCCGAUCAACACCAUGAUCGCACAAUCGCGAAUCGUGCGAUGGUUGUUGUUGGCAGAGCUAGCGAUAUCGUUUGCCUGCCACUUUGCAGAUAUCUGAACAUAACCCACCGAGAUACUGGGUUUCUGAAAAGCAGGCUCCAGUUGCAAGAGAAGAGCACUGCUCCCUCAAAGCCUGUGAUGGGUUCUCAGUGGUCUCCGGUGGAAAUGGAGGUUGAAGAAGGCAAAAAUAUGUUGGGAAAUAUAUGGAUCAACUGUGAGAAGCCAUAUACUAUUCAUCAUCAAGAUGUCGAUGUAGCAUUUCUAGGCUGGCUUACGCCGACAGCUGUGGACACUGUGAGAGAUGUGUACCUCCAGACACAGUCUGCUAUCACUAGAUCAGACAGAGUGAAGGAGUCGGCUGCCACACGACCUUUACUGCGCAGAAUCUGGGAAUAUAUCACCGGCACAAUCGGCGCUGUGAUAGGAUAG